UGCGCUGCAGUGUACCCUCCUGCUCCAUUCGUCCUUUGAUACGGUAGGACGUGCCGGAAGAGAGAAUCAUCUGCGCGGUGUUGUGUUGUGUCCGCCUGCCUGCUUGCUUGUCUACUGCGGAUUCAGGUGGGAAACGCUUUGUUGGCUUUGUUUACAUCCGACCCCGGAGUUAAAAACAACACAGGACAGACACAACAUCCGGGGGCAAUGGAGUCCCACGGCAGAGACGAUCUAAAGGGACCGGUGCUGAAUAUCGUAGUGGUUGCAUUUCACCACAAAAAGGGCUGUCAGGUUGAAUUCUCUUACCCGCCGUUGAUGCCAGAUGAGGGUCACGACAGUCACCUGCUGCCGGAGGAGUGGAAGUACCUCCCUUUCCUGGCCCUCCCUGACGGGGCACACAACUACCAGGACGACACCGUGUAUUUCCACCUGCCGCCCCUGAGUGAGGACAUGAAGUGUGUCUACGGAGUUUCCUGUUAUCGGCAAAUAGAAGCAAAGGCCCUGAAGGUCCGAGAGGCUGACGUCACCAGGGAGACGGUUCAGAAGAGCGUCUGCGUGCUCAGUCGAGUGCCUCUCUACGGUCUGCUUCAGGCUAAACUACAGCUCAUCACGCACGCCUACUUCGAGGAGAAAGAUUUUUCACAGAUCUCUAUUUUAAAGGAACUGUACGACCACAUGAACGGCUCUCUGAGGGGCUCGGCUCUCGAGGGAUCACAGGUUUAUCUUGGGUUAUCACCAAGAGAUUUAAUACUGCACUUUCAACACAAGGUUCUGAUCCUCUUCAAGCUCAUAUUGCUGGAGAAGAAGGUCCUGUUCUAUGUGUCUCCUGUCAACAGACUAGUAGGAGCUCUGAUGACAGUUCUAUCACUGUUUCCAGGUAUGAUCGAGCACGGCCUGGUGGACUCGUCCCACUACAAGCCUAAGAGCAGCGUGUCGGACGACCUGAGUCUGGUGGAGAGCGUCUCAGGAGCCGAGGAGUUCGUCUCCGUGUCCGUCACCGACAUCGCCGACACCACCAUGGAGGUGGAGGAGACCGGCCAGCCUGCCGCAGAGUCUCCGUCCUCCGGGAACGGCACAGAGGGGGACAACCACCUCCUCAAACCCCCGUCACGCACCUCUCCAGAGUCCUCGGAGAGCGACUGGGAGACUCUGGACCCCAGCGUGUUGGAAGAAAGUCCAGAGAAGAAGGAGGCAGCUGAGGGCAAAGACACGGAGCUCCUCGACGCCUUCGACUCCAAGCCGGGGACGCCCAUCACUGUGCAGCCGCAGUCCACCAGCGGCCAGGGAGGGGUCGUCCAGGGUCUGGUGUCUGGUCUGGAGGAGGAUCAGUACGGCCUGCCGCUCCCCAUCUUCACUAAGGGUUACCUGUGUCUGCCCUACAUGGCUCUGCAGCAGCAUCACCUGCUGUCAGACGUGACGGUGCGCGGCUUCGUUGCCGGGGCAACCAACAUCCUCUUCCGCCAGCAGAGGCACCUCAGUGACGCUGUCGUGGAGGUGGAAGACGCCGGCGUCCACAUCCAGGACCCCGAGCUGCGCAAGAUCCUGAGCCUGACGACGGCGGACCUGCGUUUCGCCGACUAUCUGGUCAAACACGUGACGGAGAACCGCGAUGACGUUUUCCUGGACGGGACGGGCUGGGAGGGCGGAGACGAGUGGAUCAGAGCCCAGUUCACCCUCUACCUCCACUCCUUACUGUCCUCUGCGUUACAGCAAGAUAACGAGAGGCUGCUGGCUGAUUACGGCGCGCCUUUCGUCACAGCCUGGAAGAUCACCCACAACUACCGGGUGUGGUACAGCAACAAGCAUCCUGCCAUGGCCGCCAUCACCCCGGGACAUCCGUUCCAGGGCCAGUACAGUGUUGCUGAUGUGAAGCUACGACUCUCACACUCGGUGCAGAACAGCGAGAGAGGGAAGAAGAUCGGAAACGCCAUGAUGACCACCAGUCGCAGUGUGGUCCAGACGGGGAAGGCAGUGGGUCAGUCCGUGGGCGGAGCUUUGACCAGUGCCAAGUCGGCCAUGUCCUCCUGGUUCUCCACCCUGGCUCAGCCUGCAGCUGUAACCAGCCCGGAGUACGUGGAGCCCGCCACAGAGGUCCACCCCUGAGACCCGCCGGUCCGUCUCUGACUCUGGCCCUCGUCCUCUCAUCUUCUGGCUACUGUGACGCCUGAGGGUCAGUGGACGGAGAGCUGCUUUUAUGAAGGAGAAAAAAGAAAGAUCCUCAGAAUCAAGGAGUUUUAAGUCUGAACCAUAGAACCUGACCGUCUCAUCCUCACGUUCGGCGAAGACAGCGCUGCCGUUAUAAUAACCGUACAGUCCACACCCACUGUGAGGCAGAGACUGCCACCAUGUCUGCAGGCUGCAUCGCGUCUGACCGCGUCUGACCGCCUCUUCGUACUGCUGGAUGCUUUUUCCUGUGAGACACUUAAGAUGCUGUCGUUGGGUUUCACUCUUUUGCUGCAUAUUUCUAGAGUUGAUCUAUUUUGCCGACGGUUUCGGGCUCGUGCAUUUUGCCUGAUCGUGUACAAACAAAGAUAAAUCGGUGCCGCAGGAUUCGACAGGACGGCAUGAGCUGCAGCACCGAAGAUUUCAACGGCUUAGAUUUUAAAUUCUGGCUCAUGUUCAGUGAUGUCAUCACGACGUGGUUGUUGUGGUAACUGCAUGAAUUACUGCGUAAACAAUAGACUUAAGAAAGGCUGAUUAGUUUUAUGAUUACAAGUUCGUACAUUUUUAUAAAAUAAGGAAAAAUAUCCACCGCUACUUCAGAUGUGCCCGGGAACAGAACGUCUUUUUAAAAACAUAAUCGGACGAGGGAAAAAUAAAAUAUAUAAUUUAAUUGAGACAUAAAACUUAAUUUGCUUUAUUAACCGUUUGGUUUACUGACUACACUUCAUUUAAAAUAUUUAAUAAUAGUUAUUUAUUGAUGUAUUCAGUGUUAUUUUUUACUUUUCCGAUCACAUUUUAUUACAUUAUGUCAGUAUUUCCAUAAAAUUGAACUUUUAACUCAAUUACAACCGUCAAAACCCCCUAAAAUAUAAGUUUUAAGAUGAUAUAAAAUAGAUAAAAAGUAGCAAAUUCUCCCGUUUUGUGAAGCACACGACGGAGAAUGUUCAGCGCUUUCUUUAUAAAUUAUUAAUCUAUUCCACAAACUUGAAAUGAAACAACUAGUGGAUUAUUUGACUAAUCAUUUCAGCUCUGAAACUUUAUUAUAUUUCCUGUUAAACCGGUUUCUCUCCGCUCUCAAGCAGAUGUGACGAAUCCAGAACACUACGCAACAUAAUUACAAAAUGUGAACGCUGUUACUGCAACAACCACAAUGUUGUUGCACACAUCCUUGUCCCUAAUGCCUGAUUAAAACCUCCCUUAACUAUGAAGGAAGCUGCACCGAGCUGUGCUAUUAACCCUCACCCAGGCCUUUUUAUACAAUAUAUAUAUAUAUAUAUAUAUAUAUGUAUGUAUUGGGAGAAGUAUAUUUAGUAAUCUGAAGGUAGUUUAAAGUCAUAAAGUUAUUUAUUUGUUGUGUAUAAACUCAUGUUUUGUCAUGACAACACUGGAGAAAGUCCUGACCUGUGCACCACUGUGUGUAUUUGCACAAAGCAGCCAUUAUAUUCUAUUUAUGUGAAUCUUUAUCUUGUAUAUCUGUAACUUUGAGGUGCUUUACAGGAUCUGUUCCCUCCAUGCUUCAAAUGUUCAACACCCGUUGGAUUAAAAGUGGUCCAGUGAGCAUGCUCUGUCCAGUUUUACAGCUGUGUCAUCCCGCUUUAAAACUAUUUGAAUGUUUUACUUUUUUCUUUGUUCAGAAUACUGUUCAACCUUCUUUGGCCGGCGAGUUUCAUUUCGGGAAGUUUAAGAAGAUAUCGGCUGUUAAAAGCUGCUUUUGUUUCUUUUUUUUUAUCCUCUGAUAUAUUUUCAUUUUGUAUUUAACAGAUAUGAAUGUAUUAUGAAUUAUUAUUCACAGAAUAUUUUCUUGACAGAUGCUUUUAAUGUAUUUGAGACAAAGUGAUACUCUACUAUAUUGCUGUAUUAAACAAAACUCAACUUAAAAUAUGA